AGGACUCAACAGACCCCGUGAAGCGAUUUAGCGCAUUGAUACAUUGCGACGAUGGAGACGGACUGGAGGGCAAUCGGGACACAAUGUAGCUAACCAACGGGUCAACUAUUAGAGCACGGUUGGCAUCCCAUUAUUUCUUUCCAUAUAUUAUUUCGGCCUUUUGAUUCUUGAAGGAUGUCGGUAGCCGGGUUGAAGAAGCAAUUUCACAAAGCAAGUCAGCUAUUGAGUGAGAAGAUAAUUGGGGCUGAGGGAACAAAGCUGGAUGAAGAAUUUCAAAAAAUGGAAAGGAGAAUUGAUGUGACCCACAAAAUGGUUCUUGAACUUGUGCCCAAAACCACAGAGUACCUCCAGCCAAACCCAGCAUAUAGAGCCAAACUGGGCAUGCUCAACACAGUGUCCAGGAUCCGUGGGCAGGUGAAGGCUGUGGGGUACCCCCAGACUGAGGGAAUGCUGGGAGACUGCAUGUUGCACUACGGCAGAGAACUGGGAGUCGGCUCUGCCUUUGGAUGUGCACUGGCGGACAUUGGGGAAGCCUUGAAACAGAUGGCCAUAGCCAGAGAUUCCCUGGACAUCAGUGUGAAGAACAACUUCAUAGACCCACUGCAGGCACUCCAGGACAGAGAGUUGAGGGAAAUAGGGUACCACCUAAGAAAACUUGAAGGUCGUCGGCUAGACUUUGACUACAAGAAACGACGCAAAGGAAAGAUACCUGACGAGGAGAUCAUGCAGGCGUGGGAGAAGUUUUCGGACUCCAAAGAGCUGGCAGAGAGAAGCAUGUUCGACCUCUUAGAAAGUGAUGCAGAGCAUGUGACUCACCUAUCAGCUUUGAUUGGGGCCGCUUUGGACUAUCACCGCCAGUCUUGCCAAAUCCUGGACAGCCUCAAUCGAAGUCUGCAGGGCAGGCUAGCCAUUGCAAGCAACCGGCCAAAGAGGGAGCCCAGGCCCAAAUCUAUUAAAGUUAACACAAUCAACACACAACAAAAUAGAUCUUCCCACAGAUCAUCAGUGAAAUCAGUUAUAUCUUCAGAUGCCCAGAUAAGCCAAGCUGUCAAUGGAAAAAAUUACCAGUACACAAACAUACCUCUAAGACCAGAGAGUCCCAUCAUCUGUAACCAUGAUUGUGAGGUUUUCCUAGACCAGCCUUGCUGCCGUGCGCUCUACUGCUUUGUGGCUGAGAAUGAAGGAGAGCUGGGCUUCAAGGAGGGUGACCUCAUCAUCCUCACCAACCAGAUUGAUGACAACUGGUAUGAGGGCAUGAUCAGCGGGGAGUCUGGCUUUUUUCCUAUCAGCUACGUCAAUGUCCUUGUGCCUUUGCCACAGUGAUACCAGGGUAGCACCACAAGCUAUGGGGGCCAGCUAUGAAGUCCUCACCUCAGAGCACUCUCUGGAAAUCUUAUUUUGCAAUGAAUGUCACUCCACUUUCUGAUGUGUUUAUUGACUGAAUUUGUAUUUUUGAGCCUAUCUGUUAGAAGCAUUUCAGGACGGCCUCAUUUGGUGGUACCGUCACUUCUUCCUGGAUCUGUGAAUUCUUAAUUUCACCUUAUUUUCUCAGAGGCCAUAGAGCUAUUGACUUGCAAUGUCUUUGCGUGCUACACCAUUUCAGACAGUCUUAUGCAAUAUUUUCUCUCUCCCUUGAAAGCCCAUCUUAGUUACAUUUGUCUCCAUUGUGUGCUGUUGUUACUUUCAGCAUAAUAAUGGGUCAAUUAGUAGAGUGACACUUUUUAAUUCAGCACAUUUUUGUGAUGUCAUGGAACACUUCGGCUGCUUUAUUAAGAUUUGUUUUAAUCUUGGGACUGUUAUUACCACGUUCAGGGUCAAUAUUCAUGUCUUCAUUUAGCUCUCGAGAACCUAAGGGGGGUAUACCCAGUUUACAGCUGGAACCUGUUUUGGGUUCUCAGAGGAUUUUACGGACUGCAGCUGGCUCCAUGUGAACUACAAUCCCAAUGCUCUUGUUUAUUCCUGACGCUCUGUCGAAAUGCAAAUACACCACAAUUGCGAUACGGUUUUGGAUAUCUUUGGAACUUUUAUAUAAGCGAGAAAUAAUAUUUCAAAUACAAAAGAUACACUUACUGUGCGCAGUUUAGGAAAGUUGCACCUAGUUUUCACACACCAUUGUGGCAUCCUCUCACCUUGCACUCACAUUUCCAUUGAACCAUUCCAUAUUUCCAGUGUUUAAAAAUAAAGCCGGGUGCAAAUUUACUAAACUUUGUACGGUAAGUUUCUUAAAUUACAACCGUUCAUAGAAGCAAUGUUCCAAAUGUUUAUGAAACUGUAUCGUGUGAGGCACAUUUGUGUUUAGACGGAGCGUUGGGAAUUCCCCUCAGGCAACAGGCGGCUUUGGGAGUAGACCGUAUAAUUAAGCAAUAAGGCACGGGGGUGUGUGUUACAUGGCCAAUAUACCACGGCUAAGGGCUGUUCUUAGGGACGACGCAACGUGGUGUGCCUGGAUACAGCCCUUAGCCUUGGUAUAUUGGCCAUAUACCACAGAACCCUGAGGUGCCUUUAUUGCGACUAUAAACUGCUUACCAACAUAAUUAGAGCAGUAUAAUUGUUUUUGGGGGGUCAUACCUGUGGUAUACGGUCUUAAAUACUACAGCUGUCAGCCAAUCUCCAUUCAGGGCUCGAACCAUCCAGUUUAGAAUGUUUAAUAUUACUGUCUAUUGAAUGGACUAGCCUUCGUUGUGGAAGUGUGGAAAGGUCAGGGUUAAGACUUGUCUGCAUAUCAAUUUGAACACGAGAAGAGGAAAUAUCUCUUAUCAAACACCAUUUGUGAUAUUAAUAGCUGUUUAAUGUUACACUACAAUUUAAAGGUGUUUUAGAUGCGUGUGUGCUUUAUCCACUUAAAUAUGAUCCCUUUAGUUUUUCACCUUCCACAAACAGUAGAAACACUUGUUGCCUUUAAGCACUUUUUAAAAAUGUGUUGCUGUAGCCUUGUCAAUUAUUGUAUUUGCACACUUAAUUUUUCUUUAUUAGUAAGGAAAUACACACACAAGGUAUUAUUCACCUCUCAUAUCCUAUUGUAGUGUCUUGGAAUAAUAUGUUGAACUAGAAAAUAUUUAGCUGUAAGCCAUAUUGUCAGAGAUUUUGUGUCAAUCACUAUGAAUGAGUACAGAAUGCUGUAAUAUCAAAGUAGUGUACAUUUCUUUCCUAUUUAUUGUCAAAUGCUUGCUGUUUCACAAAUUGAAUUUAUAGUUAAAUUACGCUAAGGAAAAAUUAAACCAGUUAUAUGAUCAUUGGAUGUAUUAUCUACUGUAAGUUAAAAAAUAUAAAUGCAACAUGCAAAAUUUUAAAAGAUU